CAAUUUUUAUCAUGUGAUUUUUGUCUAUAAAUUCUUGCGCUUCAGCGUAAUUACAUUAGUUGAGCUUCUACAGUGUUAGAACCAGCAUAGUGUUAAAAAAUUUUUUAUAAACUAAAAACAUUACUCAAACAUAAAAAUCAUGGUUACUCAAUGCAGACAGAACUUUCACGAUGAAAGUGAAGAAGCAAUUAACAACCAAAUAAACAUGGAGUUGUAUGCAAGCUAUAUGUAUCUAUCUAUGGCUUAUCAUUUUGAUCAAGACGAUGUUGCGUUAGACGGAUACUUCAAGUUUUUCAAGCAUCAGUCAGACGAAGUACGCGAACAUGCUCAAAAACUUAUGAAAUACCAAAAUAAACGUGGUGGUCGUGUAGUUUACAAGGAUGUUCAAGCUCCCCAAUUUCAAGUGAGUACGCCAGUGUCAGCCUUAGAAGCAGCGCUUGAAUUGGAAAAGAAAGUAAACGAGUCGUUGCUGAAUGUCCAUGCCAUUGCUGGAAAACACAGCGAUCCCCAGGCUUAUCAUUUUGAUCAAGAUGAUGUUGCGUUAGCUGGAUACUUCAAGUUUUUCAAGCAUCAAUCAGAUGAAGAACGUGAACAUGCUCAGAAACUUAUGAAAUACCAAAAUAAACGUGGUGGUCGUGUAGUUUACAAGGAUGUUCAAGCUCCCCAAUUUCAAGUGAGUACGCCAGUGUCAGCUUUAGAAGCAGCGCUUGAAUUGGAAAAGAAAGUAAACGAGUCGUUAUUAAAUGUCCAUGCCAUUGCUGGAAAACACAGCGAUCCUCAUUUGUGUGAUUUCUUAGAAUCAGAAUUUUUGGAUGAGCAAGUUGAGUCAAUCAAUGAGAUUGCUAAAUUGAUUACAAACGCAAAGAGAUGCGGCGAUGGUUUGGGUGUUUAUCAAUUUGAUAAAUUGAGCUUGUCAAGUUAAAUGUCAACUAUUUUUGAUUGUUUUGCCUUGAGGACUAUACAGAGCAAACAAUGUUUAUUGUUAAAGAUUUUUUUUUUAAUUUAAAGUUAAAGAGUUACCUGAUAUA